CCAGGGAGCCCUCGGCUGAUAAAGGCUCUGACUGCCUUCCCUGCUCCCCAUCACUCUGCUGUGUCCACCUCUAGGAGUGAAGGUGUGAGAUAGGGACUGACGACAGAGAGGACGGUCCAGCGCUUGACAGUCUGUGGAGAUGGAUGCAACAGAGUUUCGGAGGCGUGGGAGAGAGAUGGUGGACUACAUUGCUGACUAUAUUGAAAACAUUGAGAAGAGGCAGGUCUACCCAGAUGUGGAGCCCGGCUACCUGAGGGGUCUGAUCCCACAAGAGGCUCCCGAGGACCCAGACAGCUAUGAUGAUGUGGUCAAGGACAUCGAGAGGGUCAUCAUGCCAGGGGUAACCCAUUGGCACAGUCCAUAUUUCUAUGCUUACUUCCCCACGGCCAGCUCAUUUCCGGCGAUGCUGGCUGACAUGCUAUCUGGGGCGAUUGGCUGCAUCGGCUUUUCCUGGGCUGCCAGUCCAGCCUGUACUGAACUGGAGACGGUGAUGCUGGAUUGGCUGGGGAAGAUGCUGAACCUCCCGGAGGACUUCAUAGCCGGCACCUCUGGAAAGGGGGGCGGAGUCAUACAGGGCAGUGCCAGUGAUGCCACGCUAGUGGCCCUCCUUGCUGCUCGACGCAGGAAGGUCCAACAGAUCCUGGCUGAACAGCCUGACCGCUCUGAGGCUGACAUUAUUUCAAAACUGGUGGCCUACACCUCAGAUCAGGCACACUCCUCUGUGGAGCGAGCUGGAUUGAUCGGUAGCAUGAGGAUGCGUAAUGUUCCUACUGAUGAAAAAUUUGCUGUCCGGGGAGAAGCUUUCCGAAGGAUCAUUGAAGAGGACAAGAAUGCUGGCCUAAUACCAACCUAUUUCUGUGCCACACUGGGGACAACUCCAUCAUGUGCUUUUGAUCACAUCACAGAACUGGGACCUAUUUGUAAUGCAGAGAACAUGUGGAUGCAUAUUGAUGCAGCGUAUGCAGGAAGCUCCUUCAUUUGUCCUGAAUUCAGGCCUCUCCUGAAUGGUGUCGAGUUUGCAGACUCGUUCAAUUUUAACCCACACAAAUGGCUUUUGGUCAACUUUGACUGCUCCACAAUGUGGGUAAAGAGGAGAUCCGACCUUAUCGGGGCUUUCAAAAUGGAUCCUCUCUACCUUAAACAUGAUCACGAAGAAUCAGGACUGAUCACAGAUUACAGACACUGGCAGAUUCCACUGAGCCGACGCUUUCGCUCUCUGAAGAUGUGGUUUGUCUUCCGCAUGUAUGGAGUCAAAGGCCUGCAGGACUACAUACGUCAGCAUGUGCGUUUGGCUAAAGAAUUUGAAAGCAUGGUGCGGAAUGAUCCCCGAUUUGAGAUCAGUGCAGAUGUUAAAUUGGGCCUUGUCUGCUUUAGACUUAAGGGAUCAAACGAAUUGAAUGAGGCUUUGCUGAAGCAGAUCAACAGUGCCCGGAGGAUCCACCUAGUCCCUUGCCAACUGGCAGGCACCUUCGUGCUCCGUUUUGCUAUCUGUGCCCGCACCACAGAAUUGCGCCACGUGCAGGAGGCAUGGCACCACAUCGGCGAGCUGGCAUCAGAGCUGCUGCUAAAGCAGCGACACUGAUUACCAAUAGACGCCCCCUAACUAACCACAUACUGUCUUACUAUGCGUCCUGCCACUCUGCUAACUGUUGGUGUGUGUAUGUGAAUGUGCGUGUGUUUGAGAAGGAGUCAUAAAUGGCUACUGUUUGGUGGAAUAAAAAGGUUACACCUUUAGGCUUCUUGCUCAUACUCAAA